CAAAACCCUAACGGUAUAAAUUGCCGCAUUAUUCACCAUUACGAAACCCUAGUAGCAGUCCCAAAUCUACCAUUGAAGAAGUUUCUCGUAGCUUCCAAUUCUCCUCAAGAAGAAGAAGAAGAAGAAAUGAAGGUUAUUGCUGCUUAUUUGUUGGCUGUUUUGGGUGGUAACGCAUCACCUUCAGCAAAAGACUUGAAGAAUAUCCUCGGUUGUGUUGGUGCUGAGGCUGAUGAUGACAGAAUUCAACUGCUCUUAUCUCAAGUUGAUGGCAAAGAUAUCACAGAGCUGAUUGCUGCUGGCAGAGAAAAGUUGGCUUCAGUACCUUCUGGUGGUGGUGCUGUUGCAGUUGCUGCCCCUGCCGGUGGAGCUGCUGCAGCCCCUGCUGAGGAGAAGAAGGAAGAAAAGAAGGAGGAGAAAGAGGCAUCAGAAGAUGAGGAUAUGGGCUUCAGUCUAUUUGAUUAGAAGAAAACAAUCUUGUUCUCUACGCAUCCCUUGAGCUUACUUUAGGAAGUUUUUUUUGGUCUAGUAAUGGAUUUUGCUAUUAGUCAUCUAGUUGACAAACCUUGAUUUUACAUUUGGAACUUUUUUGAGGCCGAUGCUAGAAAUUAAAUGACUUUGAUUUUAA